AUGGCGGUAACCCACAUGUGGAUGAAGAUCGAUGACUCGGUGUUAGGGAAGGGGCUGGCGCUGGCCGUCCCCUCGCCGGAGGUGGCUGCAUCGGGCCUUGCGCUCGAGUCGGUCUCGGUCAUCAUCAACAAGAAUGGCAGUGGCCUUGGUCACGUCGUCCCCAAUCCCAUGGCAACCGCUCAGCCGCUGGUCAUCGAACGUGAAUGGUCCAGAAACGACUUGUUUCCGCCCAUCGAUGUUGUGUUUGAUGCCCAUGCCGCUGCCACGCCUUAG